AUGUCAGUUUACAUUCCAGGCUCAAUUGUUACUAUUGAUGAAACAAUGGCCCCAUUGGAAGGUAGACUUCUCUUCAAACAGUCUAUUCCCGGUAAAUCUCAUAAAUACGGAGUGAAAAUAUACAAGGUAACUAGUACGACAGGAUAUACUUGGAAUUUUAUGGUUUAUACUGGUAAGCAGAGUUCAAUCGCAGGUUAUGGUCAUGCUGAAACAGUUGUAAGGCAAUUGGUAAAUGAUUUUUUGGGAUGUUAUCGAACUGUGGUAGCUGACAACUUCUUUACAACUAUUUCUCUUGCACAAUAUUUAUUACAAAAUGAUACAUAUCUUAUUGGAAUAUUCAGAAGUAAUCGUGCUGGAUCAUUACAUGAAGUAGCUAAGAAAAAGCUCAAGCAUGGUGAAGUUUAUGGUCUUCAAAACAAAGAUGGUAUCGAAUUAAUCAAGUGGAAAGAUAAAAGAGAUGUCUUGAUGAUAUCUACAAAGCCAUCACAUUCAGCAACCAUGGUAGAUACGAAAAAAACAAAUAAGUUAAACGAACGUGUUAUGAAACCACAAGGUGUAAUGGAUUACAAUCAAGGAAAACAAGGUAUAGAUCUAUCUGAUUAG